GGUUGUUUAAUAUCUUUUAGUAAUAUAAAAUUAAACAAAAAAGAGCUGAGAUACAAAAAAAUAUAUAUUAUUAAAUAUUUAUUAUUCAUAAUCAUUAAUUUUCAUAUAUAUGUUAACUAUAUUAGGUAAUUCCGUAAAUUUUAUUUAAGGAAAGUGCGAGAAUAUUCUUUUGUACCAAAUAUAAUAUAAGUUAAGAUGAACCAACCUAUUUCUUUAAAAAUUCUGAAUUUCAUUCUAAUAGUGACACGUGGUUACAAAACAAUGUUGUAAUUUUUAUCAAUUAAUAUAUAAGACAUAUUUAUAAAAUUGGCAAAUCAAAUUACUAUUUUGUAUAAAUAUUUUUUCUAAGAACAGUAAAUAAGUUUAUAUGUUAGUCAACAGAAACACAUAUAACCUUUUUUAUACGAGUAUGGUUUUCCUGGAAGACCGAAAUGUACCUCUUCUACGUAUUCGUUCCUCAAAUAUUUUAUAACAACAACUUUAUCAUGCGUUUACAAAAAUAUAAUUGUAGCCACCUUAAUCGACGGAAACCCACGUUCUAACGCGUAGAGGCUAUACUAAUUGUUUUUCUCCCACUAUAUUCAUUUGAAUAAUUAGCACGUUAUCCAGCUAUAGAAAAAUGCGAUAUAUGUGGAAACUUUUACUAUAUAACCUCACUCGUAGCGAUGCGAGUAAUCACCAAAAACAACAAUCUCAGCUAGAGAGACAAAAACAGUAAAUUCAAAGCUAGUCUCAAUAAAUAUGGCAAACGACAGCAACGUUGACUGGCAGUUCAGUGGUAGCGAGGCGGCCAAAGAAGCCUCAGCUGCCGCGCUAAGCGCUUACUCCUCUAAGCUCUUUGCUCUUUGCGAUCCUAAUGGAAAGCCCAUUUUGCCUCCUCGAGUUGAAACCGCUGAGACCAGCCAUACCGCUGAAAAGGCUGUUGUUCAUUCCGUCCUCUGCGGAUUAGGAAACGCCUACGCACCCAGUAUAGGCCUUCCAGCGGCCAAAAGUGCCGUAGCGGAGUACCUAAACCGAGAUCUUCCGAACAAACUGACAGCUAAUGACGUGUUUAUGACCGUUGGAUGCAAACAAGCCAUCGAGCUUGCGGUUGAUAUCCUGGCCAAACCAAAUGCCAACGUCUUGCUUCCCAAGCCAGGCUUCCCAUGGGACAUGGUCCGUACCAUCUACAAGAAACUUGAGGUCCGCAAAUACGACUUCGUCCCUGAAAAGGACUAUGAGAUUGACCUUGAUAGCGUCCGAGCGCAAGUGGAUGAGAACACGUUUGCGAUAUUUAUAAUCAACCCGCACAAUCCCAUUGGGAACAUCUACACUGAAGCUCAUCUCAAGGAGAUCGCUGAGUUGGCUCGGGAACUGAAGAUAAUGGUGGUUUCUGACGAAGUGUUUCGAUGGACUGUGUUUGGGAGUAAUCCCUUUGUCCCCAUGGCGAAAUUUUCGUCGAUUGUACCGGUGGUUACCCUCGGGUCCAUUUCCAAGGGAUGGACUGUCCCCGGAUGGCGUACUGGCUGGCUAGCGCUGCACGACCUAGAUGGUGUCUUUAGAACCACCAAGAUCUUCGAUGCUGCAAAACAAUUUCUUGAGAUAAAUUCUAAACCACCAACGGUGAUCCAGGCGGCUAUUCCCACCAUCUUGGACAAAACUCCUGAAGAUUUCUUCGUUAGGAGGCAGAAAUAUCUGAAAGAUAAAGCCGAUUAUGCAUAUUCUGUGGUCAAGGGCAUACCUUGCCUCACCUGCUACCGGAAAACUGAAGCAUGCACCUUCUUAUGGACCGAGCUGAACAUAUCAUGCUUCGUGGACAUUAAAGAUGCUGAAGACUUCUGUGAAAAGCUUGCUACUGAGGAAAACCUCGUCCUUUUACCAGGGGUCGCUUUUGGUGUGACCAACUGGGCGAGGCAUUCUAUCGACAUGGAUAGUGCAACUCUGCAGGAUGCAUUUGGAAGAUUGAAGAGCUUUUGUAAACGCCACUCCAUCACUAUUGGUGAAGCUUCACCCGAAGACGUCAACGGGGUCAACUAAAGGGUCAAUAUGCAACCUUUUUUCUAAUUUCUUUAAUAAUAAACGAGUGUUCUAUUGAUUGGAGAUAAGUCAUCAACACUUUCGUAUUUGUAACAAAUAAUUUGGUGCACUAAUCACCAAUCGUGUAAUCUUUUCUCAUUGUUUGCAAUAUUUGAUGUAUUUUACAUUAAAAAUAAAGUUAAUAAAUUUCAAUGUCUUUUAAUUUCUAAAUUAUUUGGACUCUGGUGUAAAAUUUAUAUUAUACUAGUACAUUGAUAUUAUUCUCUUAGUUAUUUCAAAGCACAUAGGUGAUAGGUAGUGUCAUAUAUAUAGCUCAAAAGCAUGUUGAAUCAGAUCGGACUGAAUAAUUAUUGUCAAUAGCACUUCCUACCCUGAACCAACCGGCCGGCGUAGAUAGAUUCAAGUAAGAUUCUAAGAACUUUUAGCUUAAGGUUGGAUAUCUAAUGUAUGCAUGUGAUCAGAGCCGGCCUUGGACCAAGCCCAGUGGCUUCCGACCGCUUCAUGACACAUAUUUUCAAAAGUUUAUCUAGGUCUAGUGGUAAAAUCUCAGGUUUACAAACUCUUCUGCCCCAGCCAGUGUUUGAUUCCCCAGUAAAGCGGCUAAUUUUUUUAAUUUGCUUUUGGUCUUAAAUUUUGUAGGACCGGCACUGCAUGUGAUACAAUAAUUUGUACUUUUUUUUCUUAUUUUCAAGUUUAUGCGUUUCCUUUAAAUUAGAUCACAAUUCAAUAAAUUUUUGAUUGCCAAACUUUUAUUCAGUUUACCUAUGUUUUUGCUGGAUGUUGUGUACUGAAAAACAAUACUAGAGAAAUUACGGAAUGACCUGCUCUGAUAUGCAUUUGAUAAGUCGUUUACAAAUUUAAAAGCUACUACAUUGAACCAUUUACACUUUUAUUUUAAAAACUUAUUAGAUGAACGGGAUGAGGAAGCACAAAUAGUGAAAAGAAAAGAGAUGAACAAACUGGAAAAUGAAGAGUCACAUAACAAUGGUGUUGACGGAAUGGUGCUUAUUAUUUAUUUCUCUCGCAAUAUUAUUUAUGCAUGAAGUGUAACAACAAUUAGACCAUUGUAAACAAGGAGGAACUUUUUUAAAAAAAAUUAUAGAUUACAAAAACAAACGCAUGAAACACGAAUCAUUGAGAGAAAUGACUCUUCUCACCAUCGACAAGCAUUACAAAAAAAACAUGGGCAAACGUUACAAAAGACCAAUUCAAUGAUAGAUUUUAUAUGACAUUCAUCUGUAUAGUAACUACACUGAGCAUGAGCAUGAGCAUGAGCAUAAGUACCAAAACAUGGAAGAUGGUGGUCUGGAGACUUGGUCAAUGUCACACAGGAAGUCAUCAUCCCGAAUGUACAAUUAACUGUAAUCACAAUUUCUAUAGGAGAAGGGCAUCUACUUCGAUAAUAAAUAUUGGGAAUUAUGACAACGUCAAACAAAACAGAAGUAGAAGAUUAAAGACCAAAGUCCAACUAAUGAGAAAAUAUUUGAAAAGAAUACGAAAUAAUAAGAUCAAUGGUUAUGAUAUAACAGUUAACGUAACUACAGUGGUCACAUGUCAAAUAACCGAAAUAAAUAGAAAUAGCACAACUAAAACAAUUUGACCAAGAAUAUAGAACUUCCAAAUAACAAGAAAAUAUAAUAAAUACUGACCCCGCGCAAGCGCGGGAUGUGAAGCCACCUAGUAUCUAUAAUAUUAAAGAAGAAUCCUUUAUAAGAUUCUGUUCUUGGUUUUUAUAGUUACUAGAUCCCUUGUCCGCGCUACGCGCGGAAUAUGUGUUUAAAUAAUUUGAUUUGAUAAGCUUUUAGGUUGUCCAGAGUAUAGUAGAUCUGUUUAGAAAAUAAAAUUUGGUAUAAACCAUGUUUACAAUCAGAAGAAAGUCAUUAUCGUUAGUAAGAGGAGAUGUAAAAGUUUUAACACAAAGUAGCGGAAAUCAUAAAUAAGAUGGUGAAUCUUUUUGAAGAAAAUGGUGUAGAUGUGAUGUUGUUUCCUGAGUUAGAGAGCCUGGAAUUAAGAAAGAAGUGAACAUAAAUUAGUAAAAUAUAUUACUUUCAUCCCAUAUAAUUACUAUCACAUAUAUAAGUUUACAAUAGAUAUUAGUUUAUUAAACCUUCAGUUUCAUUGCAUGUUUGUUAUUAAUUUUUUGGCAUUUAUGUUACAUUUAUCUGGGCCAGUUUUGAAAUAUAUUUUAAAUUAUAUUCAGCUUUUAGGUUUUGUGAUAUUCUAUUUUUUCAUAUUUAUAUUUUUAUAUUUUUUUUGCAGAAUCCGCUAACAGAAACUAAAUCAUGGUUUGAUUGGAUUGGAUAUUCCAAUUCCUUGACCAAAGAGAAACUUAAACUCCACAAAGAAAUCAAAAAAAAAUUACUCGAUCCUUGAUAUUUUUUUCCCUUAUUUUUUUCACUUGAAUUGUACGUAAAUGGACCAAACACUGACAAAAAUAAAAUCUUUAAGUUUAUUUAAAACUGAACAGUGGAAUGAAGUAUCAUAAUUUUGCCCACUAAAACAGAGCAAAAUAUGAUAAGCUUUCAUCAAAAUCUCUACACUCUAGUGAAACAUAUAAUGAGUAAUGGCUGACCAAAACA